AUGGCAAGCAACCCGCUCAGCCCGCAGAACGUCCUGCAGGGCAUGGCAGAUGCCCUGCCCUCGCACCAGAAGGACGACUCCACAUCAGACAUGAGCAGUUCCGCAGAGGCCAUUGCUCUCUUCACACAUUCCUGCAUGAUCAAGCUCGGCUUCCGGCUGCUUGGCUUCAACGAGGACCAGAAGAACGAGUGUCGGGCACUGGCGCCCCGUCUUCCACCAAGAUGGAAUGCCUCCGUCUCGUCAUACUCCUUCCUCUACGCACAUACUCAGUCUUCCAUGCAAUUCGUCAUCAAAGUAGACCGCAUGGGAGGCAAGGCUGAGAUCCGCGGGCUCGCGGUGGGCGACGAGCGCAUCGCGCGACUCGAGAUCACCCCAAGGGACUAUGUUUCCGGCUCAGCGCUUCCGCUGCGCAUUACCAUCGGCGCCGACGGCAACGAGGACCGCAGUGACCUCCCAUCAAAACUGCAGAACGUCUUCAUUUCCCCCGAGCGGAUGGCCGACCUGGCGGCCCUCCUCAAGAUCAACAUCAUCCAGAAGCUUAUCCCUGGCCUGCAAAAGGAGGGCUACGAGGACACGAACCCCGACGACAGGGCAGCGCGUCAAGACGCGGACCGGCAGGGCCGGGAAGGCCCCAGCAACCCACGCCCACCUCCGCCCCAGCUGCCGGAGCCCGCGCGCCCAUACCCCUACGAUGACCCCCUCGCGGCACCACCGCGCAGGCCGGUGCCAGCGGGUGAAUUCGCCCCGCCCGACUUCGAGGACGAGUUCGAGAUCAACAGGCCACCGCGGGGGCCACUGCGGAUGCCCGGCGACGGCCGCUCGCCGUUCAACAUCGGGCACGACGACCUUCACCCUCCGGGACUGGGACCGCACGACCCCCUGAGAGGGUCAUUUGUGCCCGGCGGAGGCCUGCCGAGGCCAGGUGGCAUGGGCGGCGGCAUGCACCCUACGUUCGACGAUCCGCUGUUCCAAGGGCCAGGCGGAGGUGGACAGGCAGGCUACGACCCACAGGCGCCGCCCGGCGCGAGGUGGGACCCUCUGGGACCCGGCGGCCCAGGACCAAGGUUCGGUGGCGGUCGGCCCGGUGGUGGAGGAGGUUUCGGGGGUGGCAAUAACCCCUUUGGCGGAGAUAUUAUUUGA